CGCUGGCGGCUCGUUCAGCCGCUCAUGAAACGGACUUUUCCCCUCAUUGAUGGUAGUUAGGAUCUAGUUUCUAUUUAUUGAGGGAAAAACAACGCGACGUUUCUUGUGAUUUGUGAGGCUGCAGUGGUUAUCGGGCGGGUUCAGACGUUAAGCUCUCCUCGGUGAUCGUUGUCCGUUGGGGUGUUCCGUUUGUUAGCCGGCGGAUGCUACCAGAUUUGUAGCUUAGGUGACCGGUGUGUUUGCCGUUGCCAGGCCGGUGUUGUUUGUUACCGAACGCGCUAACGCCUCGCUCAGUCCGGGUUCGGGUCGGUCACACCGGGCUCGGUUCGCGGCUCUGUGCCACCGAAGGCUUUUAUUAGCCUCAGCUUUUCCAAUUAAGAAGCCAAACAGGAACAGCUAAGCUGAGGUCGGGGCUUCGUUUCCUGAACCUGCAUCGGUUUUGAGGUUUGGUUGGGCUGGCCGCUGAUCGUCGCCAUGUCCAAGAGCAAGAGCCCCGAGUCGGUCAAGGUGGUGGUUCGCUGCCGCCCCAUGAAUGAGAAAGAGCGGGCGGCGGGCUUUGAACGGGUGGUCUCCCUUGAUGUCAAACUGGGUCAGAUCAUGGUGAAAAACCCUCGUGAAGCUUCAGCCAACGAACCCCCUAAAGUCUUCACUUUUGACUCCGUGUACGACUGGAACUCCAAGCAGAUCGAUCUGUACGAUGAAACCUUUAGACCGCUGGUUGAUUCCGUUCUCCUUGGGUUCAACGGAACCAUUUUUGCCUACGGCCAGACGGGCACAGGGAAGACGUAUACCAUGGAGGGAGUGAGGAAGGACCCAGAGAGGAGAGGAGUCAUCCCAAAUUCAUUUGAGCACAUAUUCACUCACAUUUCACGCUCCCAAAACCAGCAGUACCUGGUGAGCGCAUCAUAUCUGGAGAUCUACCAGGAGGAGAUCAGAGACCUGCUCUCCAAGGACCAAUCACGCCGCCUGGAGCUGAGGGAGAGGCCCGACGUAGGCGUACAUGUCAGAGACCUGUCGUCUUUCGUCACCAAAAGCGUGCGGGAGAUCGAGAACGUCAUGAACAUCGGCAACCAGAACCGCUCAGUGGGCGCCACCAACAUGAACGAGCACAGCUCCCGUUCCCACGCCAUCUUCGUCAUCACGGUGGAGUGCAGCGAGAUGGGCGUGGAUGAGGAGAAUCACAUCAGAGUUGGGAAGCUGAACCUGGUGGAUUUGGCGGGCAGCGAAAGGCAGAGCAAGACGGGCGCUCAGGGCGAGAGACUCAAAGAAGCCACCAAGAUCAACCUUUCGCUCUCUGCUCUGGGGAACGUCAUAUCUGCUCUGGUGGACGGCAGGAGCAGCCACAUCCCGUACCGCGAUUCCAAACUGACCCGGCUGCUGCAGGACUCACUGGGGGGAAACGCCCGCACCGUCAUGGUCGCCAACAUCGGCCCAGCUUCCUACAACGUAGAGGAGACCCUGACGACGCUCCGUUAUGCAAACAGGGCAAAGAACAUCAAGAACAAACCCCGCAUCAACGAAGACCCCAAAGACGCCAUGCUUAGAACGUUCCAGGAGGAAAUCCUCCGGCUGAAGGAGCAGCUGAAGAAACGUGGGGGAAAGAAGAAGAGGAGGAAGCAGAGGAGGAGGAGGGCCGAUGGAGAAGAUCAGGAAGAAGGUGAGACGGACGAUGAUGAUGAUGAAGAUAAAGGAGAGUACUGGAAAGAACAGCAGGAGAAGCUGGAGAGAGAGAGGAGGGCCAUCGUGGAGGAUCACAGUCUGGUGGCGGAGGAGAAGGCUCGGCUGCUCAAGGAGAAGGAGAAGAAGAUGGAAGACCUGAGGAGAGAAAAGGAGGCUGGAGAGAUGCUUGCAGCUAAAGUCAAAGACAUGGAGAGUAGGCUCCUGGUUGGUGGGAAGAACAUUGUAGACCACACCAACGAGCAGCAGAGGGUGCUGGAGCAGAAAAGGCAGGAAAUCGCAGAGCAGAAACGGCGAGAGCGUGAGAUGCGCCAGCAGAUGGAGAAUCGUGACGAAGAAACACUGGAGCUCAAGGAGACCUACAGUUCUCUGCAGCAAGAGGUGGACAUUAAAACCAAGAAGCUGAAGAAGCUGUUUUCCAAGCUACAGGCUGUUAAGGGGGAAAUAGAGGACGUGCAGGAGCAGCACAUUAGUGAGCGGCAGGAGCAUGAGCAAAUCCAGGAUGAGCUCACACGAGAGCUCAAACUCAAGCAACUGAUCCUCGAAAAUUUUAUCCCACAAGAUGAGAAGAACAAAAUAAAAACCAGAAUGUUCUUUGACGAAGAGGAAGAGUCCUGGAAAAUGAAGCCCAUCACACGCUUAGAGGAAGACCAUCAGAUGAUGAGCAGGCCCCAGUCCGCAGGCGGGUACAGGAGACCCCUCAGUCGGGACGCCAGGUACAAAGCGGAGAACGUGCUCAUGUUGGCGAUGGACAUGCCCACCAGGACCACCAGGGACUACCAGGAGCCGGUGAUCGAUCCGAAGACGGCGGCGGCCCUGGAAGACGCUCUCCGGGAAGAGAAGGAGAUCCAGGUGGACGCCUCGGAUCACAGCAGCCUGGGAGCAGCGUUUUCCAGCGGCAGCCUCAAAAAGCCAAAGUCAGGCCGGCCGAGAACAGGGAGGAAGUCAGGCACUCCAAGCCCAGGGAACCCUCUGUACCCACAACCCCGCGGCCUGGUGCCCAAAUGAUGACCCACUGACAGCCCAGCCCCCCCCCGCGCGCCUUUCUGUUUCUCGCUGGUGUUUUUAUUCCAUCAGAGUUUAUUCUGUUUGCUUUAACUUAUUACAGUCGUCUUUAUAAAGAGUUGUAGAUAAAAUUUUAUAUUUGUUUUUCUUCAGCAUAGUUUUAUUUUUGGAGCUGUGUAAUUUAAGGUUGAAAUUUUGUUAUUUUUGCAUCAAAUCUGCAGGAUGUGUGUUAGUUUGUAUUUAGUCUGGCUUUUUAGCCUGAAGUUUCUUCCCUUAAAAAGUACUUGAUUUUACACAAUUUAAACUUUUCUUUUUCUUUUUUAGAAAUCCGGUAAACACCGACAUCAUUACAGUGUUGACCAAUUUUAUAUACUAAUUAAUUUCAAGCCAAAUCGUUCUGCUGUUUUUUUUUAUUCAAAUGUUGAAUU